CCGUGGUGGAAGCAACACCAAGAGCAAAAUCAAUACAGGAUCUUCCAAUACAGGAGCUGAAGAAGAAGAAUCCCAAUUGUCUUUGCUGGCUGAGCAGACGAAGCAUGUGGCACUAAUGUUGUCACUCCUGUUUCAUUUCAAGGUGUUACCGGCGACGACGGUGUUUAACAUGUUCAAACUCCUUAUGCGACCGUUCACGACGACAGGAAAAACGACUAAAGACGACACAACUACAACGACUGCCGCUGCCAACAGUUCCUAUGCCUUCGAGUGUUGUGUCAACGUGGCAUUGGCCGUGUUGCGGUAUAGCGGCAAAUCUUUGAAGUCCCGACACCCAGAAGACUUGCAAUCUAUUUUGGACUUCCUACUAGAGAUUCCGGCUUUUCGAGUUGCAGGUGUUGGUGGCUGUGGCUCUAGUAGUGGUACGUCUCCUACAAGCACAUCGAUGGAUUUGGUAGAGCGUAUGAAGGCAAAAGCCUUAGGAGGUGCUUCUAGUAAGGAUGGUGCAACUCCUCUUAAGAGGAAAAAACUUGCUGCUGGUGAUGGGGACAAAGACGCAGACGAGAUGAAGUUGACGAGGAGGGAUGAUAGCAGUCGGUUGGAGUUUUUCCGCACAGAGCUGUGGGAACUGAAGACCGGAAAGGGCAAAGGACAGGGGUUUGCCGUGAUGGAACGCUUUCAGCAAACGGAAACGUGGUUGAAUACGUGCAAACUACUAGGAGGAAAUGGUUCCUUGUUUCCAGACGUGUUGACCUUUCAACACGAGUUCCUGUUUGAGGAACCUCCGAUUUGUACUCCUGGUUUAGACGGAGCGGAAGCAGGAAGUAAAAGUUCUUCUGGGACGAGGACAGGAAGUGGAAGUUCUAGUACUUCUCCCCUUACGUCUACGGAUAAGAAGCAGAGGAACAUCACCUCCACCGAAGAAAUUUAUUCUUUUUCUAGCUCCUCCACUUCUGACCACACUAUGCUAGUGGAACUUGCGAAACAGCAGAGGUUUUCGACUGAUGCUAAACGUUCAAUUUUCGUCGCUCUCAUGGGUGCAGACGACGACACACAUGCGAGGUUGAGAAUAGAUCAACUGUAUAGUGGCAAAGGUGCUGGUUCUGCAACAUCCAGUAAGAAGAUUUCUUCUUCUGCCUCUUCUAGGGGAAAUAGCAACAGCACAACAACCCUCCCCUCCAAGACUAAACAUCGUGAUGUUUGCGAAGUCAUAAUACAUUGUGCCGUCCGUGACCAACAUGCGGGUGGCUUGUCGCCCUUUUGGCCCUUAUUGUGCUUGCAACUGACCCAAGCACAUGGAGAGGGGAAAAAAUUUCGACAAGCCUUGCGACAAGCCUUAGUGCCAAAAUUGCAAGAAGUGCACAAGUACCAAAUGCGGCCACUGUUGAAUUUGGCACAAUUAUUCGCGGCUUUGGUCUGCUCGGAGGGCAGUGGAGAUUUGCUAGCUCACUUGCGGUUCUUGGAUUUCGAUAAUGCAUCUUCUUCGACGCCUUCUUCAGGAACUUCAAAAAACUUGCGUCGCAUAUUUGAGACACAGCAUGGCGUUUUUCUAAGAGAAGUCCUGUGGCAGAUUUUUCGACUUGCGGAGGUACCCCAAGUGGAACACCAAAUCUUCCUAUGUCUAAAAACGCAGUAUCCCGAUGUCCGCGAUGCUCUUUUGCUGGUUCUAAGAAAGCUAGUGAAGCCAAGAAUUGCCGCAGAGGAGAAGGAGAAGGGACAGGAUGAAGAUGGAGACGAGAAUCUUCCAUUGAAGUACAAGCUAGUAGAACGAUGUCUUAGCGGGAAAUCCUAGCUGUGUCAUCAUCUACGAACUUCAUCCCACUGGUUGUCUCGCUGGUUGUGCUGGGGAGAACCAUUUGAUCUUUGGGUGUCCUGCACAUUGGGUGUCAUGCACCUUAGGUGAUAUGCACCUUAGGUGAUAUGCACCUUGUUUUCACUAAGCAACAACUUUUCCUUUUCGUAAAUGCAAAUGUUAUUAUCUGAAUGAGCGUUUAUUCGUUGACGAUUUAAAUGUGUCCACGAUUUACGACAUCGAGAACCCUCUCAAAUGACGUCAAAAACCCUGUUUCCUAACAAUUAUUGACCACCUCUG